AUGAAUUUCAUUAGAACUCUUGCAACUACUGUGGAAUCUGUCUGUGAACAAUGUAUUGUCGUGGUGAGAAAGAGUGCUUCUGAAAUUGCCAUCGAAAUGUCUGCGGAGCAGGAGAAAAUGCUUCGUGAGCAAAUCCAUGCCAUUGCCGAUGAAAAUAACGCUAUCAGAAGACUUGUUUGCAAGCGCGUUGAGACUUUUGUGGACGAAAUGCUAUGCUCCCCUUCUGAGGUUCCUCGACGACUUUUGCCUGGACUUUCCGUCAUUCAAAGUGAACUUUGCGCGUUCACCGCUAGGUUGCUCCGGAUAUGUAUCCAUAAUAGGAGGACCUUUUUUGAACUGUACCGAAAUAUGCUGAAAACCAUCAAACUUAAUCCUGAAGCUACUUCGAUGGCUGCAAUGCCUUUAGAUGAGAAGUCCAUUUGA